GUUGUCUUAUUUGAUAAUGUUUAAUAAAUAUACUUUUAAUGAAACUUGAAGGCUUUGCAUUUCUUGAAGGCUUUGCAUUUCUUGAAGGUAUAAAAGAGAAACAUGGUGUCAGCGUGUAUGCUUGCCUAAAUGUAUUUGAGAGGAACUUAAUGUUCGUUUUUCGUUCUAGUUUCGUUCAGGACUUAGUGUUCAUAAUAAAAGCAUGGAGACGUUUAGGCCUCCAGGCGAAAUAAAGUUUACUUCAGGUAACCUUUCAGAAAUAUGGACGAAAUGGAAACAGAAGUUUUUUAACUAUCUAAUAGCGUCAGAAAAAGACAAAAAGUCAGACCAGAUAAAAAUAGCCAUACUUCACAACGUACUUGUGGAAGAAGCAGUGAGUAUAUUUAAUACGUUCAAGCCUGGUCCAGAUAAAGAUGUAAAGAAGUUUGAUGACGUUGUUGAGUUAUUUGAAGACUACUGCAUGCCAAAAAAGAAUGUUGUGUUUGUGAGAUUCAAAUUUUUCUCUUGCAUUCAACAAGAAGGGCAGCAGGUAGACAGCUAUCUUACUGAACUGAAAACGCUAGCUUCCACAUGUGGUUUCGGCAGCCAAGAAAACGAUUUAAUCCGUGACAGGCUGGUACUGGGUCCAACAGAUUCUUAAUUCCAACAGAAAAUACAUACGAUUUUUUGUUCGGUAGAAUGCAAUCAAAACUUGGUAUGCACUUUCUGUGCGCACAAAAUGGAUGUAUCUCCUUAUUUAUUGAAAAAGAGCUAAUAUAGAUUUUACAAUAUCUAAUUAUUCAUACACAGGGAUGGCGCCAGACUCUGCCCGACAAGGGGUCAAGUCUCCCCCGACAGGGGGCUCAAACAAAUUAAUUCAAAAUAUUUAAAUUAAAGCGAAUUUUAUACUUUACAUUUUUUUCUCACAUCAUUUUUUUCAAGUGUGUUUCUAAGAAUCUAAAAUCACUAAUAUUGAUACCGUAAUGUGCAGAUUCCUUUUAAUGCAAAUUUAAAUCUAAUUCUUUUUCUUUCUGUUAUCGAUGUAUUACUGUAUGGUGCAAUUUACCAUACAUUGUAAGUGUAAAAAUUACUUCCGUAAUAAAGAAAAAUAGUUAUAGCAGUAACCGCUAUUUCAAAAAAUUUCUACGCUUCUUACUCUCUUAGCGCAAAAAUUAUUCGCAUAGCGCAAAAAUUAUAUGCACAUUUAACAAAACAUUUAACGA